UGUAAAUGAGGAGGGCGUUCAUAUUGCCGAUCAGGGGAAAGAUCCGCUCCCGCUUGCGCCGUUUUCCCCCUCAGCCCCGCUCUGCCCUGCCCACACGCGUGCCCUCCCCGAGGUGACAACGCCGAGCGCAGGGGACUGCGAGGAGAGCUGUGCCGGUCGCAGCCCCGCUGUGCGCUGCCCGCUGCUCUGCUGCUCGCAGCUCCGCCGACACCGCUCUGCCCGCGCCGCGCUCAGCCCCGCCGCCCAGCAGCAGCCAGGCGUCCGCUGCCCGGUCGGGAAUUGUUUUGCCUUCUCUCCGGGUGGCUGAUUACCGUUGUUUCAGCACUGGUGUUCUUCAACUCACUACAGGAACGUCGUAUCAUCUUGGAGUAUGGAAUUCGCAUGGAAGAGAAGGUGGUAUCUUCAGUUGGGCUGUGUACUGAUACUGAAUCUGGUUUAUGCCAAUCUAGACUAUCUGAAAGAAGCUCCUGCAAGCUUGGGUCAGAUUGACCACCAGUGCUGGGAGGUGUCAUCCCAAGGGCUGGUGGAAAUGAAGAAACUCAAGGUAGCGGAUCCGGUCAUUGCUCUGUGGGACUUCAUGUUAUUCCUAAAGGAAUCCCCCAAGCCCAAGCACAAUGAACUUUUCAAUGAUUUGGCCCAGAACUUUUGGGAUAUGUAUGUAGAUUGUGUGCUCUCAAGAUCCCAUGGAAUGGGCAGAAGACAUUUAGUAUCUCCCAGAUAUUCUUCCACAUACUCACAUAGAACUUUAGAAGGUAACUAUAGGAUAUGAUGUUGGUCUGUUAUGUACUACCAUUAAAGCAAACUACUGUCUCAUCCUCAUCCUUGGUUGUUCCAACAGUGCAAUAUAUUAAUUCCCAGGUUUUUGUCUCUGCAUGUCAAAUGUAGUUGUAUCCUUCAGCAGUAGCUAAUUUCACAACAUACGAGUCAAAAGUUGUUAGAGCACUGAAUUUCUCUAUGAGGUGUAAAUAAUGACAGGUAUAUAUGGGACAGUGUGAAUAGACGCUGCAUGCUCUGUUUAUCACUGUGUGCACGUGAAGGAUGUUACAGUACUAAAAGUUUUCUAGUUUUCAGACUUAAGUCUCAACUUCAGGGAAUCACCCCUAUGUGAGAAGGGAAGCACAAAGCCCCAGCAAUUUGAACCCUGCUCUUCUCAUUGAAACCACUGACAUGUAAUGUGAGCUCAUGGUCACUGAGUGACCAAAGCAAUAGAUUCUAGUCAUCCUGGUUUGGGACGAAUCUGAAUUGAGAUCAUACAGGUGACUGCCUUAGAUCUUAUUAUCCAGCCCUAGAUCUAUUAGCUUCCUUCUUCCUCUGCAACAGACAUAUUUUUUUCUUUCCUAAUUAACCAGUCAAAUACUUUAGGCUUCCAAACUGAAAUGGAGAUCAUUUAAUUCCAGCACUCCAAGCCAUAAUGCUUGGAAAAUAACUGCCUUUCUCUCAUAAUCUUACAAGGUCUGCUUUCACCAACCCAGUUUAGGUCAAAAGGGGAGGACACAAAGAUACCUCAGCAAAGCAAUGUCAAAAUGAAGGAGGACAAAAGUACAACAUUUACUGUAGAUGCUUAGGCAAAUCAAUCGGUGUGGUUCAACUUUUUUUUUUUUUAGUGUUACUUUUGAUGGAAACCCAAUAUAUUUUUACAAAUUAAGCAAUGGAGAAAAUGUCCACAUGCAUAUUUUAUAAACUGUGUUUAUGUACAAUCAACUUUAGUUGUAAGAAUUGCAAAGAGUGAUGUCAAGCUGAAGAGAAGGUUUAUGUUCAUUGUAAUGUUCCACGCAGCCUAAGCUAUGUAUUUUAUCACUGUGUAGUCUAAGCUAUGGAUUAAUUAAAGUAUUUUUCUAUGCA